UGUGAUCAAACCUCAGAUUCACACUCAGCUGACGCGGCGCUGGAGGAACGAGGGCGCUGCAGCCAUGGAGCAGAGGUGAGUGUGAAUCCAUGGACCCUCCUGCCGUGCACCAGCAUCAUGCAAAACCCGAUCCCACCACACGCUCUGCUAUAGCGGCUGUUUAUUUAUCGCCAUGGUGAGAGGCAGCUUCUGGACAUUAGCUCUGUUGCCAUGGUGACCCCGUAGCGAGAACCCUGGCGAUCACAUAAAAAGAAAAACAAAAAUAAUCCAGGUAACUAUUUUCAAUCUGCUGCCAUGGCGAUGCUGUAAAGACACCCUGUAUACUCGUGAGCCUGUUGCUAUGGUGACCCUGUAACAAAGCAACAGUCGCCAUGGGAACGUCCAGGAUGUUCCGCAUUUUCGUGGUCCUUGGCUCGGCCUUCAUGAUCCUCCUCAUCAUCAUCUACUGGGACGACGUGGGGGCGUCUCAUCUGUAUCUGCACACCCCCGUGUCGCCGGGCCCCAAGAUCCCUCACCCUCCUCCCAAGGCGCCGCCUCAGACCUCCCGCACGCCAUCCUUCCUCUCCGACAUCGACGCCUUCGUCAACCAGUUCUUAGAGCCGGGAACUGGCGAGCCCACUGACCCCGUCCCUGUCGACACAGGCAACCAAUCGGAGAAGGCAGAAGAGCGAUACGUACCACGACGAGAGUGGAAGAUUCACCUGACGCCCGUGGCAGCAGAGCUCCGGGAGAGACAGGAGCAUCGGCGGAAGUUGCUACAGGAGAUGUGCGCUAACGACAGUAUCGUGUUUCCCGGCAAAAAUCGUUCCUUUGACGACAUCCCCAACAAGGAGCUGGAUCACCUUAUCGUGGACGACAGGCACGGCAUCAUCUACUGCUACGUCCCCAAGGUGGCGUGCAGCAACUGGAAGCGGAUCAUGAUCAUCCUCAGUGAGAGCCUCCUGCGUGACGGAGUCCCCCAGAGAGACCCGCUGGCCAUCCCCCGGGACCUGGUGCACAACAGCAGCAUGCACUUCACCUUCAACAAGUUCUGGAAACGCUAUGGGAAGUUCGCAAGACACCUCAUGAAGGUGAAGCUGAAGAAGUACACAAAGUUCCUCUUCGUGCGGGACCCCUUCGUGCGCCUCAUCUCCGCCUACCGGAAUAAAUUUGAGCUCCGCAACGAGGACUUUUAUCGCCGCUUCGCUCAGGUCAUGCUCCGCCGCUACGCCAACCAGCCGACUCCUCCCGCCACUGUGGACGAGGCGUUCUCCUCGGGCCUCCACCCGACCUUCUCCCACUUCAUCCAGUACCUCCUGGACCCUCAGACCGAGAAGGAGAUGCCCUUUAAUGAGCACUGGAGGCAGGUGUAUCGGCUUUGCCACCCGUGCCAGAUUCAGUAUGACUUCGUGGGCCACUUGGAGUCGGCAGAGGAGGACGCUGAACACCUACUCCGCCAGCUGCGCGUGGACAACGUGGUGGAGUUCCCCACCUCCCACAGGAACCUCACAGCCAGCAGCUGGGAGGCCGACUGGUUCAACGCGGUGCCUCUGGAGGCGCGGAGAGAACUCUACAAGCUCUACGAACCCGACUUCAGGCUUUUUGGCUACGAGAGACCAGACUCGAUCCUCAAUGAGUGACUCGGGUUUCUAUUCCAACAUGUUUUUUAUGUGAUGAAGUGAGUGACACCUCUGUUCCCCAGUCUUGUCUGUUGUACACUGAAUGUCCACAUCAUUAGGGACACCCACUUCUCCUAGAAAAGCACAGUAAUGAAGUGAAGCCUGGUCAAAGUCAUCAUCCAUCAUUCUUUACCUUUUUAAAUGACAAAGAUAAAGAGAAGCACACAGGUUCGAGUGCAAACAGCAGGUGUCCCUAACAUUAUGCACAUUUAUUGUCGUCCUUAACUCAGAACUCCACCGAGCGUCUUGCACACUCAACGUUGAUGUCACACCGCGCCUGCGAGUUGCGGCGUCACAGCUCGGUUGUGACGACCACGCAGGCUUUGUAGCAGAACGUGGCAGAGAGACCUCGCCGAAGUGAUGUCACCGGGCGCCACGUCAGCGAAACCCUUUUGGUUCGUGAUGGUUUUGUGAUUAGAUUGGUUUUAUUAUGUAGUUGCACUAGAGAUUUAGUCGUCAGCUAAUUUAUUUUACAUUGUGCAAGGGAAUGUUUAUAUUGAGCAUGAGAGGGAUUUUUAAUGUUGAAAAUACUAUUGAACGCUGUCGGCUUCAGAAACAGGUGGAAACGUUUCAUACCUCAUACACAGAUUGAAAAGAUGUUCAAACCUCCACCUCAAAACAUGAAGCCUCCUGCUUCUUCAGACCAAGGUUCAUUAGCAUGAAGAAAUCCAUGAAAUCGUGUGUGACCGGUAUCAUUUCUGACAGUAUUUCCGCAGCUUGCUUCCUGUGACACAUUCCGGGCAGGUUGUAACGCCGCUGCCUCGGCUCGGAGAAGCACAGCCGCUCCAGCGAACACUGGACUGAGAAGCUGGAUUUGUCUCAGCUUGUCUUUGAGACGUAAAGCUGGAGUUUCCACAUUCUUUUGAUUUCACCUCAGCUGUUCAUCCACAGACCAGAUUUUCCUAAAGGGAACGUUUUUCUGUCAUUGCCUGUUGUCGUCAUCGUCUUUGUGUUUUCAUGCACAAACUGCAGUUAUUAACGUUGCUCUUUACC